AUGGCUGAGCAACAGUCCCGUACCCAGCAGCAGCAGCAGCAACAGCAACAAGUUCACCCAACGGAGGCUAUCAAAAGCCUUCUUCCUCAAAAAGGUCCUUCUAAAUCCCAAAUCCUUGCUGUCGUCACUCUCUUCCCUGUCGGUGGAGCUCUCCUUUGCCUCGCCGGACUUACGCUCGUCGGAACUGUGAUCGGACUUGCCGUUGCUACUCCUGUUUUUCUGCUGUUCAGUCCGGUUUUGGUCCCGGCGGCACUGACAAUCGCGCUGGCUGUUACCGGAUUUUUGACGUCCGGUGCGUUUGGGAUAACGGCGUUGUCGGCGCUAUCGUGGAUGAUAAAUUAUAUGAGGAGAAUGAGGGGAACAGCUGGAGAGCAGAUGGAACAUGCGAAGAGGAGGGUGCAGGAAGCUGCGGGGCAUAUGGGACAGAGAACAGCCCAGAAGGAGACUACUAGAAUGCGUGAUUGAAAUUCUGAUUGGAGUACUGUUAAGUUCUGUGUUUUUUAUAUAUAAUUUAAUAUGUGUAUGUAUUACUGUGUUUAAUGUGCUUAAUUUGCAGCGUUUUGAUUUUCUAGUACUAUUAUAAUAAAAUGCGUGAGCCCUUUUGUGUUUGGUA